AAAUAGACCCAAUUCAUAAAUUAACACCAAAGUUUUGUCCAAAGCUAAGGGAAAUAGUUUUACACGGGGUAGAGGUUGCAGACUUUGAUACUUGGUUUGGCGAGCAUAAGGAUUUAGAAGUCGAUCAGUGCGAUAAAGAUGAAACUUUGUCUGAAGCGUCAAGAAAGAUUUUUCAGGAUUUGGAAAUUCUUGAUUUAAUAGAUACCACAGGGUUUUUUAAUAGCCAUUUUAACAUGUUGACCAAAUAUUGUUUAAAAAUUCGAAAGGUUAGGAUGUUACGAACUAGUGUUGUUUACUCUCAGGUUAACAUUAAUAACGGAAUGAUCUCAAAAAAUGAUUCUGGCUGGGUCGAUCUUAAAUAA